CCAAAUUCUCAGGAAGAGAGAGACUCAUUUUCAUUGAGCUUCUCUACAGACGAAUCUGCUUUCAGCUUCUUCAGAAAAACGUUUGGAAAUCUCGGAACUUUCAACAAUGGAACGAGAAGGCGAUCUAGGGUUUGGAGGAGGAAGAGAUCGGUUUCGAAGGGACUAUCAUCAUCAUCGUGAUCAGCACCAUUCAAGAUUCGAGGAGAAGAGCAGUAAUUUCCAGUCUAGGUCUGGGCGAUUCGGAGGCAGAACCAGUGGAAUUAGCAACAAAACCAGCAAUGCGGCGCCAUCGAGGCACCUCUGGGUCGGGAAUCUGUCCCACAGUCUAAUGGAGAGCGAUCUGACUUCGCAUUUCCUGCGCUUUGGAGAGCUCGAAAGCGUGGCGUUUCAGCCCGGUCGGAGCUAUGCGUUUCUCAACUUCGCGAGGGAAGAAGACGCCAUCGACGCCAUUGAAGCCCUUCAAGGUUUUCCUCUUGCCGGCAACCCGCUUAGGAUUGAGUUUGCCAAGGCGGACAAGUCAUUGGCACCAUCAUAUGAUGAUGAUCAUUCUCAGCGUCGAGAAGAACGCUCAGGAUUAAGAGAAUCUUCUUUUUCACAGGAUUUAAGAGCCCGUCAUUCUAGUGCUGACCAAUUUUAUGCUGAGAAUUCUAGUAUGACUGAUAAGAACGUGGAACCUAGUCCAGUUUUAUGGAUAGGGUUUCCAGCUUCAUUGAAUGUGGAUGAGAUGGUUUUAAGGAGAGCGUUCUCACCAUUUGGUGAAAUUGAGAAAAUUACUGCGUUCCCAGGUCGUAGUUAUGCCUUUGUUCGAUUCAAGAGUGUAAAAUCAGCUCGCAAUGCUAAAGAUACUCUUCAUGGGAAAUUAUUUGGAAAUCCGCGUGUACAUAUUUGUUUUGCAAAGAACGAAAAUGGCUCAUUAAAUAGCGGAAGGAACUCAAUCAAUGUCCCUCCAUCCCCACAUUUUGUGUCACAUGCCCGCCAGGGAUCUUUUGAAAGCUUUGGGCAGGAUAGGAAGUUUGGGAACUUAACCGGAGAUCCGAGAACCAGAUCUCCUCAACUUUUCUCCAAUCUGGAUUCUGGUGACUUUGAUCGCUAUAGUUUAGGUAGGAAUGGUACUUUAUGGACAGAUGGGAGUGAUAGUUCUGAACAUAGGAGGUUUGUGGAGGUGGGUUCUGAACUAGGACUCUCACAAGAUAUGUAUGAAUAUCAGAGAAGCCCUACAAGAGGGAAACGUGGCCCUUUACAUGAUUUCUCUCAGAGAUUUUCUCAGACAAGUACAUUUUAUGAUGAACCAUGGGACGCCCCAGAAGAUGCACAUUUUUCUCAUGGAGCCAAGAAAUUGAAGACGGACUCUUUUCCUCCAGACAAAGAGCUUCCGGAGUAUCCUUUCUCUGCCCGUGAAAAUGAAAAAUAUGUUUUUCCAAGGAUGCCUUCUGAUAUUUCCCAUGCUGACUUCUCCGAGAGAAAAUUUGAUGUCAUACCUUUUGGCAAUAAACAUACCUCUGAUCGAUCAAUGAAUGUAGCGCCAUCUCAGAGAGACAGGAGUAAUCACUGGAAAGAAUCAAAUGAGAAUCUCCAUCUAGGGUCUGGUUCUCUGAUCCUGAAUUCCAUUGAGAAAAAACGAUUGACUCCUGAAUCAGGUAAUCCUUCUUUGAGCGAGUGGAAGUGGGAAGGGACUAUUGCAAAGGGGGGAACUCCCGUCUGUCGAGCUCGUUGCUUUCCUGUUGGAAAAGUCCUUGAUCUCAUGCUGCCUGAAUUUUUAGAUUGCACAGCAAGGACUAGUCUAGACAUGCUUUCGAAGCAUUAUUAUCAAGCGAUGAAUGCUUGGGUUGUCUUCUUUGUCCCUGGAACUGAUGCUGAUAUUGCAUUCUACAAUGAGUUUAUGAGAUAUUUGGAGGAAAAACAACGUGCUGCAGUUGCCAAGUUAGAUGAAUACACAACAUUGUUUCUUGUGCCCCCAUCAAACUUCUCGGAGAAAGUACUGAAAGUACCUGGGAGACUGAGCAUCUCUGGUGUUGUCUUGAGGUUAGAGAAUCCUGGUUCUAAUAUGGGUUCUUUUCACCAACAGCAUGAAAGAGAAGAUGCAAAUUUGUUGUCCUUUCUGGGGGAUACAUCAUAUCCAAAGCCGUCAACGCCCUCAGUAGCUAUUGAUUCAUCAUCAUAUUUUCCUGAAGUGAGAAAUAUGAAUCUUUCACGGAAUGUACCUAAACCAGCUACAACAAUUUCAAGUUCAGCCCAUUUUGUUGGUGCUGAUUCCGACAAUUUCGAGGACAGCAGGACGGAGUAUCCACCCCAUGGAAACGCUAGGCUUGUACCAAACUGGUAUUCUUCCCACUUGCAGAACUCAGUUUCUGACACUAGAACUCCAUCUCAAGUCUCUGCCAGUUCGGUUGAUUCUAUGGUUCACCAGCAGCCUUUGGUCACAACAAGGACAACACAAGAAAUAACUGCAGCUCUGCAACCAGAGCAACUUGUACAAUUAGCAUCAUCUCUUCUUGGGCAGCGAACACAGCCAGGGAGCACCCCACCUGCAUCCGCUGAAGAUGAUUUAAGGUCAUGCCUGAAUCAUGCCUCACAACAUAAUCAGGCGAGUUUGGUGUUGUCAGCGCCUCAAUCUGGUCAAGUUCGACAGUUGCAGCAGCUAUUGCAGCAGACAUCUAAUGUGCCUGCAAUGCCUCAUCAGAUUGGAGCUCAGGGAAGUCAACACCCACAAAGUACUGAUGCACAUGAAGCAGAUUCAGAUCCGCAGAAACGUCUACAAGCCACAUUACAACUGGCCGCUGCUCUUCUGCAGCAAAUCCAAGGAAAAUGAAGUUGGCGAGCUUAAAGUUUUUGUGAGAGUCAUGACUCUGAUGAAGUUUGAUGGUUAUCAUUGGAUCGGUAGUAGUAAGAAUAUACCGUGCCAUAGGAUCUCAAAAUUUAGCAAUGUUUACACUAUAUUAUAGCCCUUUCCGAGGCUAGCUUAAAGUGCUCAUACUUUUUCUUUAGUUUCCUUUUUACUCGAGUACGAACUAGCUAGUGUUCGUGGCUGCCCUUCAGUAAUAAGAUCUUAAAGCUUAAGAGUU